AUGGCGCAUGUACUGGGAGGACCACGAUCUUUAACAACGUCAAACGAGUUUCAGUUCCCAUCUUGGAAAACCCUGUCAGCUGGUUCUACAAAAUCCUUUUCUCAACUGGUUUCAAUACUCCCUCCUCGAUUAAGCUUUGGUCACCGAAACCUUUUCGAGAAACAACUGAACGGAGAUGGGGUCGGGGUAGAAAGCACGAGGGCUGCUCAUUUGGUACCUAUAAAUUGCACUAAGGAAAAGGAUGCUGCAAAUUCGGAGAUGCCAGUGCCAAGAGUUGGUGUGUUGGUGUUCGUUUUGAAGGGCAAAUCCGUGCUCUUGGGCCGCCGGCGCGCCACCAUUGGUGACUCUGCUUUUGCCCUCCCUGGUGGCCACCUCGAGUUUGGCGAGAGCUUUGAAGAUUGUGCUGCAAGAGAAGUGAAGGAGGAAACAGGUUUGGACAUUGGGAAGAUAGAGAUCCUUAAAGUUACCACCAACUUCUUGCAUGAGGAACCAAAGCCAUCACAUUAUAUGAUAAUCCUUUUGCGAGCAAUACUGGCCAAUCCUGACCAGGUGCCUCAAAAUAUUGAGCCUGACAAGUUUGAUGGUUGGGAUUGGUACGAAUGGGACAGCCUCCCUAAGCCAUUGUUUUGGCCAUUAGAAAAGUUGUUGCAAGAUGGCUUCAAUCCGUUUCCGAUCGUGUAG